UCGAUGCAACACUAGAUAGUUGAGUUGCUUUUGUGUUGUGGAGUUUUGUUGUGUUGUUGCUGUCUUAUAUUUUUGAUGAAAAUUUGCAUUCGUGAUUCAAUUAUGAAUUAGCUAUUUGACUUAAAAGAAAAGCUGUGCAAGAAUAACUAACAAAGUCUCAUGAGAUGUAAACCAGUAUUAAAAAAAGUUAUAUUUUCUAACAUAACCUGUAAGGUGUAAACGCUUCAAUCAAAAUGUUUUCUAUUUGCCGUCAAACCCACCCGGCAACUGGUAUUGAGCACGCUGUGAGUUGUUGUUUCUUCAACAAUGACGAGACGUGCUUGGUUACCGCCGGCGCGAAUAUCAUCAAGGUUUUUCGGUUAUUUCCCGAAGGACACACGAAAGAGGUUAACGCCGCUGGUCAACCAAUACCGCCAAAGAUGAAGCUUGAAUGUCUUGCAACGUACACUCUAUGGGGCAAUGUGAUGUCCAUUGCUUCCGUGAAAUGCCAGAGCUCCGGCAGAGACUUGCUGCUGGUGUCAUUCAAGGAGGCCAAGUUGUCCGUGGUGCAGUACGAUCCACAGACCAAUAACCUGAUCACGCUGAGCAUGCAUUACUUUGAGGAGGAUGAUAUGAAGGGUGGUUGGACCACACACCCACACAUACCCUGGAUAAGAGUGGAUCCGGAAUUCCGUUGCGCUGUGAUGCUAUUGUAUGGCAAGAAACUAGCCGUUUUGCCUUUCAGAAAGGACAUAGCCUCCGAGGAGGGGGAUCCCUUGGAGGCUAAGCCUUUGGAUAGCAAAAAAAAUCAACCGGCUCAACCUAUAAACAGGGCGCCUACACUCGCCUCCUACGUAAUAGUAUUGAAAGACCUAGAUGAGAAAAUAGAUAAUGUAUUGGACAUCCAGUUCUUGCAUGGAUACUAUGAGCCUACUCUUCUUUUGUUGUAUGAACCGGUCAGAACAUUCCCUGGUCGUACAGCAGUUCGUAACGACACAUGCGCUAUGGCGGGUGUCAGUUUGAAUAUGAGUGCUCGUGUCCACCCCGUCAUCUGGCGGACGGCCGGGUUGCCCUUCGACUGCCUACAAGCUAUUGGAGUUCAGAAACCGUUAGGUGGUUGCCUAAUAUUAGCAGUGAAUUCUCUCAUAUACCUGAACCAGUCUGUGCCGCCGUAUGGAGUCUCUCUAAACAGUAUAGCUACGCAUACAACUAAUUUUCCGUUACGUAUCCAGGAAGGCGUGUGCGUGACGCUGGACGGCGCGUGCGCGGCGCCGCUGGGCGCGGGCCGGCUGUGCCUGUCGCUGCGGGGCGGCCAGCUGUACGUGCUCACGCUGCUGGCCGACUCGCUGCGCUCUGUGCGCGGCUUCCACCUGGAGCGCGCCGCCGCCUCUGUGCUCACCGCCUGCAUGUGCGUGAUAGAAGAAGACUUCCUAUUCCUCGGCUCCCGGCUCGGCAACUCUCUGCUGCUGAGAGUUACUGAGAGAGAGAACAGGAUGCUGCUCUCUGUGGACAAGCCUCUAGAGGCCACCGUAGACCUAACACUCUCUGAGAGCGAUGCCAACAAGGAAACCGCCCAACUGGCCAGAGAAGUUCAAAAGGACUCUGACCCCGCCGCCAAAAAACGUCGCCUGGACACACUCAGCGAUUGCGUCGCGUCCAAUGUGAUAGAGAUCAGUGAUAAAGACGAGUUGGAGGUCUACGGCUCGGAUAUAAGGACGUCCACGCAGUUGACAAGCUAUGUUUUUGAGGUGUGCGACUCCCUCCUGAACAUCUGCCCGAUCGGCGACGUGUCUAUGGGCGAGCCGCAGCUGCUGUCGGAGGACCCCGCGCGGAGCCCCGGGCCCGCGCUGGAGCUGGUGGCCUGCAGCGGCCGCGGCAAGAACGGAGCCCUGACUGUGUUACAGCGGACGGUGCGGCCGCAGCUCAUCACCGCCCAUAACUUACCCGGUUGUAUAGAUAUGUGGACUAUCAUGGCCGAAGCUAGCGAGGCGCCCCGGGAUGCCUAUAAAGAUAUGGAGGGGUCUCAUGCUUAUUUGUUGCUGACUCAGGAAGAUUCUACUAUGGUCCUCCAAACUGGUCAAGAGAUCAACGAGGUGGACAAUUCGGGUUUCAUCACGUCAUCGCCGACCAUCUUCGCCGGGAACUUGGGGAACAACAAGUACAUGGUUCAGGUCACAACAACAGCCAUCAGGCUGAUUAAGAACGGCAGCCAGCUGCAGUCGCUGCCGCUGGAGUGGCGCGCGGCGUACGGCGCGGCCGCCGACCCCUACGUGUGCGUGCUGUCCGCCGCCGGCCGCGCGCUCGUGCUCGCGCUGCGGGAGCUCCGCGCCGCCAACGGCACGCUGACGGCGAGGUUGGCCCCGACUCGUCAAUCAGUGCCGUCUCGUCCGCCAUUGGUGCGAGCCACUCCGUACAGAGAUCUCAGCGGAUUGUUCACUACGGCCGAUAUAGAAUCUGUGCAGGUGAAAGGCGAGUUCGUCGGCAAGACUAAGGGCAAGAAAAACGUAAAGGCCGAGGGCUUCCAGGAGGGAGCGGUGUACGAGCUGAACGAUGAUGAUGAGCUGUUGUACGGCGGUGAUCAGAUGACUCCCGCCUCUAUGGCCAGUAUAAUGUUAGCCGAACAAUCGAAGAAUCCCGGCGUUCCGCGGCGCGUGUCACGCUGGUGGAAGAAAUACCUGGCGGAUGUGAAGCCCACGUACUGGCUGCUGGUGGUGAGGAGCAACGGCAACCUGGAGCUGUACUCGCUGCCGGAGAUGAAGCUCAGCUUCCUCGUGAGGGACGUGUGCGCUGGACACCGGAUCCUAGCCGACAGCCUGGAAUCAGUUCCGAUCAUCACCAACUUGACAGAUGAUGAUGAUCCCGACGCGUCAGCACACGACCCCGCCACUGACAAACUGCGGGAGAUAUUGAUGGUGGGCGUCGGCCAUAGGGCCGGGCGGGUUCUGUUGAUGAUGCGGUUCGAUGAUCAGCUGAUGAUUUACCAGGCAUACAAGUACCCGCGCGGCAACUUAAAGCUGCGUUUCUCGCGCGUGGCCGCGCCGCCGCCGUUCGGGUUCGCGGGCGCGCCGCGCGCCGCCGGCGACCUCGCCGACAGCGUGCGACAGCUGCGCUACUUCGGUAACGUCGGCGGCUACAACGGUGUGUUCAUAUGUGGUCAAACACCAUAUAUGUUGCUAUUGGCCGGCAGGGGAGAGUUGAGACUGCAUCCAUUCGCCCCGGAACAAGCGCCGGUCGCUAGCUUCGCAUCGUUCAAUAACACGAAUUGUCCGCAAGGAUUCCUCUAUUUUAAUGCUAAGUGGGAGCUGCGCAUCGCCAGCCUGCCGGCGCACCUGUCGUACGACGCGCCGUGGCCGGUGCGCAAGGUGCCGCUGCGCAUGACGCCGCACUUCGUCACCUUCCACCUCGAGUCCAAGACCUACUGCCUGGUGGCGUCCGCCGGCGCGCCCUCGCAGACCUACUACCGGUUCAACGGCGAGGACAAGGAGCGCGCCACCGAGAACAAGGGGGACAGGUUCCCGUACCCAAACGUGGAACGUUUCUCGGUGAUGCUGUUCUCACCUGUGUCGUGGGAGAUCAUCCCCAACACGCGCAUCGAGCUGGACGAGUGGGAACAUGUCACGUGUCUCAAGAACGUCUCGCUAUCUUACGAGGGAACAAGAUCCGGUCUCCGCGGCUACAUAGCGCUCGGAACAAAUUAUAAUUACAGUGAAGAUAUCACAUCGAGAGGGAGGAUCAUAAUCUACGACAUUAUAGACGUUGUCCCCGAGCCCGGCCAGCCUCUAACCAAGAACCGCUUCAAGGAACUCUACGCCAAAGAGCAGAAGGGGCCUGUGACUGCUCUCACGCAAGUGCUAGGAUAUUUGGUGUCAGCGGUGGGACAAAAGAUCUACAUCUGGCAACUUAAAGACAACGAUCUAGUCGGCGUGGCGUUUAUAGACACACAGAUCUACGUGCAUCGGAUGUUGGCUGUGAAAAAUCUGGUUUUAGUUGCGGAUGUAUAUAAGUCGGUGUCGCUUUUGAGAUACCAAGCGACGCAUAGGACGUUGUCACUUGUUUCAAAAGACUUCCGCACGGCUAUGGUCUACGACAUGGAGUUCAUGGUGGACAACACCAGCCUGGGCUUCCUGGUCAGCGAGGCUGAAGGCAACUUCGUGCAGUUCAUGUACCAGCCUCAGGCUAGAGAAAGCUAUGGAGGUCAGCGUCUGAUAAGGAAGUGCGAUUACCACCUCGGGCAGCAGGUGCAUGCAAUGUUCAGGAUCGCGGCGCGGCCCACGGCCAACGCGCAUACAAACAGACACGUGACUAUGUUCACGACGCUGGACGGCGGCUUGGGCUACGUGGUGCCGCUGAGCGAGAAGACGUACCGGCGGCUGCUGAUGCUGCAGAACGUGCUCAACAACUACUGCUGCCACGUGGCCGGCCUCAAUCCCAGGGCUUACAGGACGUACAAGGCGGCGCGGCGCGCGGCGGGCGGCGGGCCGGCGCGCGGCGUGCUGGACGGCGACCUGGUGGCCGGCUACGGCUCCAUGCCCGCCCACGAGAAGGAGGACAUCGCCAAGAAAAUCGGUACCAAAGUUGAGGAGAUAACAGCCGACUUGUAUGAGAUAGACCGACUAACAGCACACUUCUAAUGUUACGUGUAUUAUAUAGGAAUAAAAGUGUUACUGAAUAUUUUAUA